AGAUCCAACUAUUUUGGACAACCUUUGAGUAAUCCAAUGGUCAAUAUUCAAAGGUCCGCAAUACAGAUAAGCCCCGAAUCGCAGUUGUUGUCAGUUUCAUUAUCAAAAUGAAUUUGAUACUUCAUUAUAUGGAAGAAUUUGAUUCCCAGCACCACAUACACCAGUUCAUGUCCCCAGCAUCCACCUUUCUCUGUUGGUCUCAAAUAUCCACUCCCCUUCGACUCAUGCAUCCACUUAUCCUCUAGAUUCCAAAUGAGCAUUUAUGGAGGCCAACGACAACUGGUGGUCGACUGUUGCUAUUGCCAGACCCAAAUCCAGCUGCCUUCUGUGAAUCCGAUAUACCUCGACGGCACAUCCGUCCGCUGCGGCCGCUGCUAUGCCAGUACCCGCGUCGCCUCUCCUGGCUCCACCCGCUCCCUCCAUGGUGCUGUAGCCUACUAUGUCGACGUCUUAUUUUCAGGUUGCACUAUUGUUUCUGGUAAUAAAGUUAGUGGAAACACUGGGGAUCAUAAUGGAAGUUUUUCUGUUGGCAACACUCUCCCUCCCUCGCCCUACAACCACGCGCCGCCGGGACCUCCGCCGAACAUGCACGGCCGGAAGAAGGCGGUGAUCUGCGGGAUAUCGUAUAAAUACUCGAGGCAUGAGCUCAAGGGUUGCAUCAAUGACGCCAAAUGCAUGCGGCAUCUCCUCAUCAACAAAUUCAAGUUUCCAGAUUAUUCCAUUCUCAUGCUCACUGAAGAAGAAACUCAGCCAGCUAAGAUUCCAAAUAGAUACAACAUUAGAAUGGCAUUACAUUGGCUUGUACAAGGAUGCCAACCAGGUGACUCCCUUGUGUUUCACUACUCUGGUCAUGGUUCACGGCAGAGGGAUUAUCAUGGUGAUGAAGUUGAUGGAUAUGAUGAAACCCUUUGUCCCCUUGACUUUGAAACCCAGGGUAUGAUUGUCGAUGAUGAGAUAAAUGCAACAAUUGUUAGGCCCAUUCCACAUGGGGUCAAGCUUCAUGCAAUUAUAGACUCUGGUCAUAGUGGCACUGUACUGGAUUUGCCAUUCCUUUGCAGAAUGAACAGGGGUGGAAAAUAUGUAUGGGAGGAUCAUCGCCCUGGAUCAGGCAUAUGGAAAGGAACAAGUGGUGGAGAAGUUAUAUCUAUCAGUGGUUGUGAUGACGAUCAAACCUCUGCUGAUACAUCAGCUCUAUCCAAGAUCACAUCAACCAGUGCCAUGACUUUCUGCUUCAUCCAAGCAAUCGAGCGCGGACAGGCAGCCACAUAUGGAAGCAUACUCAAUUCUAUGCGUAAUAUCAUUCGAAGUACGGGCUCUGGUGGUGGUGGGCUAAGACAGGAGCCUCAAUUAACUUCCUGUGAGCCGUUCGAUGUGUACACGAAACCUUUCGCCCUAUGAUCUUUUCUGUCGAUUCAUAUCAACACUACAUCUAUUUUAGUCUUAUAGAUAUUUGUGAAACAACUUGAUGGGUAAUAAAAAUAUUUUACAUUCUUUA